AAAAUAGGACACUAGAAAGCUAGCUAGCUGAGAAGUGAGACCUCCUCAUUUCCAUCACCAUCAUUCUUUGUACGUACGGAAGUUUUUCUGGCAAUACUAUGGCUUAUAGUACUCUAGUCAGUGCUGCCACCAUUUUUGUGGUGGUGGCCGCCACAAUUUGGGGCUGUUCCGAGGCAACCCGACCUUUCUUUGUGUUCGGCGAUUCACUUGUGGACAAUGGCAACAACAAUUAUUUGGUAACAUCGGCCCGUGCCGACUCCCCACCUUACGGGAUCGACUACCCCACUCAUUCUGCCACGGGUCGCUUCUCCAACGGCUAUAACAUUCCUGACCUUAUCAGUGAGGCUAUAGGUUCAGAGGCAACAUUGGCCUACCUGAACCCACAACUUAAGGGUGAAAAGCUGCUCGUUGGUGCAAAUUUUGCUUCUGCCGGAAUUGGAAUUCUUGGCGACACUGGCUUUCAAUUUGCAAACAUUAUAAGAAUGGGGCAACAGCUGGAGAUGUUCGAGGCGUACAAAGAGAGAGUGGGGAGUCUGAUAGGCGGAGAAGAGGCGGCGAGGCUGGUCAACCAGGCGUUGACCCUCAUCACUGUUGGUGGCAAUGACUUCGUCAACAACUAUUUUUUGGUACCGGUCACCGCCCGCCGUCUUCAGUUCACCAUUCCUAAUUUUUGUAAUUAUCUCAUUUCUGAAUAUCGCAAGAUCUUGAUGAGGCUAUACGAGUUGGGAUGCAGGAGAGUAUUGGUGACGGGUACAGGACCGAUGGGUUGCGUUCCGGCAGAGCUUGCCACAAGGAGCACAAACGGGCAGUGCGCGGUGGAGCCGCAACUAGCCGCAGAGAUUUUCAACCCACUUCUCAUUGAAAUGCUUGCUGAUCUCAACGAACAACUCGGCUUCGACGUCUUCGUCGCUGUCAAUGCCAUGAAACUGCAAAACGACUUCAUCAACAACCCCCAAUCCUAUGGAUUUGUUUCCACAAAGGUAGCAUGUUGUGGACAAGGACCGUACAAUGGAAUCGGGCUUUGCACGGCUGCAUCGAACUUGUGUCCGAACCGAGAUGAGUAUGCAUUUUGGGACGCGUUUCAUCCCACUGAACGGGCGAAUCGGAUUAUUGUCCAAUCCAUUUUGACUGGAGCAAAUCACUACAUUACUCCCAUGAAUUUAAGCACCAUUAUGCUCAUGGAUUUGAAGGAAUAGCUAAUGUUCAAGAGUUUCUCUAGCAUCGACUACACCAGUUAAAUAUGAAAUAACAAAUCAAAGUCUAAGACUUUUGGUCGUUCCACUGUGGAAUUUAAUUUUUGGAUGAUCUCCUAAGUUUUAUUAGACACUUUUUUAAAAUGUAAUAGUAGUAUGAUCAUAUGUUCAUUCGCAACUUCUACAUACUUUUAACAAGAUCAGGUUAUUUGGCAAAGUCAAUCUCUUUUUACUCCUCUACAAAUGCAAAUUAUUUUUCUUUGAC